UGCUCCUCUGAGUGGGAACUGUUUCUGAGCGAGCUCCGACUCCUGAUCCCUCAGAGCGAUCAGCAGUAAUUAACAGGUGCCUUGAGCUGCCUCUGUCUCCGCUGCACAUCGAGAGGCCUCUUCACCUCAAGUGCAUCCAGAGAAGAAGAACUCUUGCGGCUCCGUGAAGCAUGGAGGCCAGAGAAGGAGAGAGAAGCGUGGACACCUGCGCCUGCGCCCUGGAGCUGCUGGGGAUGCUGGUCUACGUCGGGGCUUGGCUGUGUGCUUUAGCCACCACUAUCCUACCACAGUGGCUGACCAUGUCCACGGCCCUGCUGCCGGUGGAGAGCUACGAGCUGGGCCUGUGGGAGACCUGCGUGGUCCAGGAUGUCGGAGGCAUGGAGUGCAGAACCUACGACAGUCUGCUGGGCCUUUCCAGCGACAUCAAGCUGGCCCGCAUCCUGAUGUGUGCUUCCCUCACCGUGGGCAUGCUGGGGAUCCUGAUGACCAUACCUGGACUACAUCUGGUGAAAAGCUGCAAAGAGGACGGCAGCUGUCGAAAGAAGAGGGCUUUGACUGUCCUGGGAGGGGUGCUGGGGGUGAUCUCUGGAGUGCUGUGUCUGAUCCCCGUGUCCUACAUGGCCCAUUUAGCCGUGGUGCAUUUCUUUGACGAGAAGGUGCCGGAGGUGGUGCCUCGGUGGGAGUUCGGAGACGCCUUGUUCUGCGGCUGGGCGGCAGGAUUCCUCCUCAUCGUGGCCGGCCUGCUCAUAGUGUGCUCCUGCGUGUGCUCGCACGAGGAGCCCCAGCCGGCGCUGCAGCGGAGAUACCAGGUGAUGAGCACAGAUGGAAACCUUCGGAAACGCUGCGAGUACGUUUGAAGGAGGAACUGCUCAUGUGAAGACUGACAGCACGGCACAAUCACCUGUAGAGCUGCAACGUCAGACUGCUUUGCACCAAUAAUGGACUUUAUAAAUACCUUUGAUUAGUACAAAUUAUAUUUUCCUUUUAUCUCACAUUCUGGGGUGGCUUCAGGUUCAUUUAUCAACACCAACAAAGAACAAUCUAUAUUUUCAGCUUGUACAUUGUUGUGAUUGUAAAUUAUUGUUAAUGAUAGAAUAUUAAGGUUGCAUCUUUAAGUACAAAUCAUUCUGUUUCUUGUUAGGUUUGCUUAUUGUGCAGCAUAUUCAGAUGAUUGGCGUAAAUUGCGUAAUGUUAUUCAUUAAAAUGUCCCUUUUCUUUACUGGUAUAUAUUACCCAAUGAAAUAUGCUGGAUAUGUUUAUUUUUCAAUUUAUUUUGGUAAACCGCAAGGGUGGUACAGAAGAGAAACGUCCUGGUUUGUCAGGCGUGUCUGCAGCGGUGGAAACACAGCUUGAGUCUAAUUCCAGCAGAUUUCCUGGUCACUCGCUGGGCUAAGCUGUGUUUAAUGAACGCUUUAAUGGGCAGUGUGUACUGUGAAGAAUGCAGAACAAGUUGACAUGAUUACAACGGUUUGCCACGAUCAGAGUGUCUGUCUGUAUAGUUUCCACACACACAGGUGCAGCAACGUAUGUGUGUGCCGCGUAAGAGAGGAGGAUGAUUUAUGAACCUUCACAUCCAAUUGAUGGUCCUCCUUUAAAGGAUUCAGCUCCCAGAGAAUGAAGUUAAUGAGAGAUAAUGAUGUUGUCGCAGGAGCGUACGUCUCUUGAGGGGCCCGAGACAUGCCAGACUUCCCUUCUAAGUGGCUGCCAGUGGUUCUGCCGGGCCUCCCGGAGCCAGAGACGCAGGGAGACGGUGGAGAGGCAGGAGCUGAGGUCUGACUCAGCCUGCAGGGAGAGCCAGUCGUGCUCCAGUGUUAAGUGUGGUUAUCAACAGGAGGGCUCCAAAAACAAUUUAAGAGAUUAUUUUGUUGAGGGUCACGAGGUUCCAACCGUUCUGAGGUUGGGCAGUGCCGCAGCAAGAAGGAAAUGAGGUUAAAAAACAAGGAGUUAUGUCUAAAUACAUCUGAUUACAAACAAACAAGCCUGCUCCGAGGGGACUGAUAAGCACACUGCUCAUAUACGAUGCUGCCGUUUCACCCAAACGGUUUGUGAACUGUGGAAAAACUGUUAACAUGGUGAAAUACAUCAUCUCAGCCUUAACUGAACUUUGAUGAGAUCGUAUGGAUAUGAAUUUAAUAGUAGCUCCCCCGCAUGCAAUGAUAAUGACAAUAAUAAUGAUAAUGUUCCCAAAUAUCCAUCCGUCCAUUAUUUGAAUGCGCUUUUUCCUCUUUAGGGUCACGGGGAUCUGCUGGAGCUUAUCCCAGCUCCCUUUGUGUAAAAAGCAGGGUUUAUAUGUAACUAUGCAAAACAAAAUCCUUCAAUCUAUCAAAGCUGGUGGGGAACUUAUCUCAAAUGUGCCAGAAGUUCCUUCAGUGCCAAGUAGCGUACUGUACACGUAACUGUAAUAAGUUGCCAAAACACACAUUUUCUCACAGCAAAGAAAUGUUUGCAAAAAGGUAUGUUGCAAUUAUUUCAUUUGUUAGAAGUCCUCACUUUUUAUACUGAGGUCAAGUACCGAAGGGAUCCAUUAAUGUUAUCACAAUCCGUCUUUAAGACCAGAGGCGCCGCUAGGGAUUCUGGGACCCAUGAGAAGAAUCUUAAUAGGGCUAUUUUACAGGCGUUGAUGUUUCCAAAACCAAUAAAGUUAUUGUUACCAGGACAUUGAAAAUAAACCAUUUGUAAUUAUGUGUUAGUUAAUAACUUUGUGUAAUUAUUUUUACUGUGUUAUCAUUUCAUCAUCAUUAGGGGCCUCUCUGCCCCCACCCGUUUGCACCCCAGUUAAGUACACUUGAUGAUGAUCUAUCUGUACUUGUGCAUUUGUCUCAAGUCCCUGUAAUAAAAUUCAGACAUUGUAUGUCUUGUCUUACAUGUAGCCAGUGGUUUAAAGAUAUUUAGUGGUUUUCCAGCCGUUGGGGAAGGACUGUGAUGUGGUGGGGAGCUCAGUCAUCGCACACCAUGAGGUUCCCAGAUUAAAUCCCAGCUGGGGUCAUUUUUUGUGGAGUUUGUACGUUCCUCCCUCUCUUGCGUGGGUUUUCUCCCCCCACAGAGCAAAGCCUUGCAUGGUUGAUUGGUGACUGACUGUAGCAGUGAGUGUUUGUGGUCUGUAUCUUUGUGAUGGACUGGCGACCUGCCUGGGGUCCACCUCUACUUCCAUUCCCUUAAAAAAAAACAAAAUAUAUCUAUAUAUAUCUUUAUUUUUUUUAUUCUGCUUUUAAACUCUUUAAUGUUUUUCUCUGAAGCACUUUGACUUGUCUUGUACGUGAAAUAAACUUGCCAUGCCUCAAGUCUGACCCUGUGACCCUGACCAG